AUGGAAAAGGAAAAGAACCAAUUCGAAGUAACAAGAAAUUUAUGUACGACGAGCAUAAAAGAAAAUUUGGAAUGUUCUACGAAUAUUAUAAAAAAUGUAAAUAAUUUUAUGUCAAGUCCGAAAUUAGAUAAUAAUUAUAAUUACAAUAAUAAUAUAUUGUAUUAUGACGGUACAUAUGAUAAAGAAGGACAAAAUGGAAAUGAAAUGAAUUAUGCAAGUAAUACAAAUAAUAUGAAUAAUAUAAAUAAUAUAAAUAAUACAAAUAAUAAUAUUGAUAAUAAUAAUAAUAAUGAUAAUAUUGAAUUAUUUUGUAAUAAUUACUCCAAUGGAUUUUUAUUAAAUGAAGAAUAUACAAAAGGUAUGGAAUAUGACAAGAUUAUUAUAAACGAAAAAUAUUGCAACAGCCCUAUCGAUACACUUCAUAACAAUUUACAAACAAAUAAGCUAGCGAAUGUUGUAAAUUCUAUAAGAUUUGAAGAUAAUACAAAUAUUAAAAUUCCUGUCUUCUUAAAAAAUUCUCCUCUUUAUGUUUUGUAUCCUGAGCUUAAUUCAUAUAUAAAGGAUACUUUAAUUAAAAAUGAUAAGAAACAAGAAAGUGAGGAAUCUAGAAUGGAUGGUAUGAAGGAAUCUGUGGUGAAUGAGCAAAAUAAUGUGGAAAAUAACAAAAUAAUUUUUAAAAAUGACAACACACAAAAAAAUGAAAAUUAUAUUAUGUCAAAUAAUAACAAUAAUAAUAAUGAUGAUAAUUAUUAUUAUUGUGGUUAUAAUAACUAUAUUAAUAAUAUACAUGAUGAAGAAACAAAGAAUAUAAAUAAAUAUCUAUCCAACCAUAUCGACAAUAAUACUAUUAUUAAAAAUAAAAUGUAUGAUUAUUUUGAUUAUGAAAAGAAUAAUAUGAUACAUAUAUUAAAUGUGAAUAAUAUAAAUGAUGUAUUAUUAAAAAAUGAAAAAAAGGAUCCGGUAGAUAUUAUAUUAAAUUCUUAUAAAAAUAUAUAUGUAUCGAAAAAUAAAAACGAUAUUAAUAUGAAUAAUGAAAUGAAUACUGAAAUGAAUACUCUAAAUGUUUUGAAAGAACAAAAAAUGCCUAUUCUUGAUCAUAAUGAUACGGAUCAUUUUUUAAGUGUCGAAAAAAAUAUGAAGAAAAAAAUAAAUGUCCUAAAAUUUAAAGAUAACAAUGGUGAUGAUAAUGGUGAUGAUAAUGGUGAUGAUAAUGAUGAUGAUAAGGGUGAUGAUAAGGGUGAUGGUUAUGAUGAUGAUAAUAAUUAUUACACAUUCGAUAAUAAUAAUCUUUACAAUCACCCAGACCAUACACACUCUUCAAAACUUUCGAAGAAUCCAUUAUUCAUCUCUUUUAUAGAUACGAAAAAUAAAACGGCAAAGUUAAAAACAUUCGAUAUAAAUAAUAACCAAGAAGUUAAAAGAAAUCAAUUUUUUAUUUCGGAAAAGACAAAAAAAGGGACUUCAAAAGAUGCUCAGGUACAAACCAACGAAGAAGAAUUAACAAAACAUUUAACUGAAAAUAUGGUCGAUUCGGAUGUAGAACAUAUUUUAAAUAUAAUAAAUAAGAAAACAAAAAAAAUCACGGAGAAUGUAAAUACACAAGAAAAUAAAGAAAUAUCUUCAAACAGUCAUAUAUUAAAUAAAAAUAGAGAUAUAACAUUACAUAAUAAUCAAACAAAUAUAAACUCAUCAAAAUAUGACAUUUCUUAUAAUUUAAUACAACCAUCUUAUAGCGAUAAAAGUUUUAGUAAUACUACAAAUAAUACAAAAGGUUGUAAUACUAGUAAUAGUGUUGUUUUAAAAAGAAAUUAUAAGAACAAUAAAAAUGUCCAACAUGAAAAUUACAAAAAUGUUUGUAAUAAUAAAUGUACUAUGAAGAAAAAUAUAUAUACAACCAAUAUGAAAAUGCCAAAAUAUAAUUUUAGUACACCUAUAAAUAUAUAUAACGAUUAUAUAAACAGAUAUGUAAACACAAUAUGUAUGACAAAUCAAAAGAGUGGUAAUAUGAAUAUGUAUACACGUAUGAAAAAUAAUACGAAUAAUAUGUAUAAUAUGAAUAAUAAGAAUAAUACGAAUAAUAUGAAUAAUAUGAAUAAUAAAUAUAAUAACAAUGUUUAUAUUAAACAUCAUAUUAAAAACCACAUGAAUAACUCAUCAGAAGAUAUUUUUAACAUUAAAAAUCAAUCUCUAUCAAAUAUUAACAAUAAUAAUUAUUUCUAUUACCAAAAUAAAGAAGAACAAAUAAAAAAUGCAUAUCUACCGUUUAUAUAUCAUAUGCUAAAUAUCCCUUGCCAUGAUACAAAUGUAAAUUUGUCCUUUUUAAAAAAAACUUAUCAAAUCAUGGAAAAACAAAAAAAUGAAGGUUUAUCAAAAUUAGGAAUAGAUAUACAAAAACAAAAGGAAGAAACAUAUGUACAAAAUGAUGAACAUAUAAAUAACAAAGUACAAAUUAAUGAACACGAAAAGGAAGACGAACACCAAUACAAACGUAAAGACGAAAAGGAAGACGAACACCAAUACAAACGUAAAGACGAAAAGGAAGACGAACACCAAUACAAACGUGAAAACGAAAAGGAAGACGAACACCAAUACAAACGUGAAGACGAAAAGGAAGACGAACACCAAUACAAACACAAACACAAACAGGAAGACGAUCGUGAAUAUAAAAAAUCCAAAAUUAUAAAAGAUUUAUUACUAAAAAAAUUAGAUAUAGAAAAAAAAAAAAAAAUAUAUGAAAAAUGGAAAUACGAGAAUUAUUUAAAAACCAUAUACCAUGCAAAAGGAAAUAAUUCAUUGAAAUAUAGAAACAAAGAAUAUUUUGAUUUUUUAAAAAGUAUUUAUUAUAAUGAUAAAAACAAUAUUCAUAAUUCAGACUAUUUAGAUGAACACACUACAUAUAAUAAAAAACAACAACUAUUAUAUUCACCCACAUCUUUGAAUAAAAGAAAUAAUAAUAAUUCAUAUUCUUAUGAAAAUAAAAAUAAUUAUAAUAAACCAAUAAAUGACGAAAAAUCUCUUAACUAUGACAAAAAUACAAAAUUAUAUAAAUCAAAUGAUCAUAAUACAAUAUUUAAAUUUUCUAAUAAAUUGAUUCCUCAGAAAUGUGAAGAAAAUAAUCAAAUCAGAUGUAGGUCUCUAUCAUAUAAAAAUAGAUUACAGAAAUUAAAAUUAUUAAAAGAAAGUAUACAGCAUUAUAAACUCAAAUCAAAUACAAGAAAUGUUUUUAAUACAGAUCAAAAUAAACAAACUGUAAAGAAUAAUAAACAUAAUCAUUUUAUACAACAUAAAGAUGUGCAGAUGAUUCAAAAUGAUAUAUCUAACAAUACUAAUAAUCUAAAUUAUGAGAGAGAAAAGAAUAAUAAUUAUGAAAGAGAAAAGAAUAAUAAUUAUGAAAGAGAAAAAAAUAAUAAUUAUGAGAGAGAAAAGAAUAAUAAUUAUUUAAGCGAACAUUUACUAUUAAAUCAAAAACAAAACAAUACAAAUAAUCAAGGCCAAGAACAAAAUAAUAUUAAAAUUAAAUAUAAUUUAAAAAAACAAAAUAUGUUAAAAGACAAUUAUAAAGAUACAAAAAAUUAUGAGCUAAAUUAUGUAACAAAUAAUAAUACGUUUAAAAAUAAUAUAAGUACAGAAAUAUUUCAGGAACGAAAUAGUUGGAAUAAUCUUUCCAACACUCUUCACAAUGAAACUAUAGAUAAUCAUAAAAGGAAUAGUAGAAAUUAUCAUAUGGUAGGUAAACUAAAAGGUACAACCUCAAAUUAUAAUAAUUAUGACAAUAAAUAUGAUAAUAAUAAUAAUAAUAAUAAUAAUAAUCGUAGUCAGAAGAUGAUGAAUAAUAAGAAGAAUAUGAAUAUGAAUAGGAAGAACCUAUUAAAUAAUAUAAACACCACAAAAAAUAAUAAUAAUUUCAAUAACCACCUUAGAAUAAAAGUCAGUGUAAAAAAUCCAAACGAAGAAUCAACUAUACGUCAUAUUAAAAAUGAUACAACAACGAAACAUAAAAGUUUUAGUAAUAAACAAAUUUUUAAUAAAGAAUUACUAAAUAAAGAAAAAGCAAUUCUAAGUGAUACCGAAAUACAAUUUAGAAAAAAAAAUUCGAUAGAUCAACCAAAAGAAAACCUUCCAACUAAUACAUCCAAUACAAAAAAUUUCCUAAAGAAAAAUAAUGGAUGUGGAGGAGGUAAUUACCUAAAAAUAAGACCCCCGUUUGUAAACGAAACAAAUGCUUCCACACGUUCAAAAUCUAUAGACACAAAUAUAGUAGAAACAAAAAAUGUCCAGCAUUCUUAUUUAACCUCCGAUUUCAAAAAAAAUUUAUCAAGGGGUGAUAAUAUUUUUGAAAAGACACACGAUGAAAUUAAUUUGGAAAAUAUUGAUCCAAACAAAUGGAUUCAGAAAAUUUUUGGUGAUAUUCACUAA